AUGGCUGGCCAAAAGAAAGUCUUGUUUCUAGGAUUGCUUGCCUUUUUAUGGGCUGGAGUGGACACUGAAGGCAAAGAAGAUGAAGAAGAGACUUGUAGGUUGCUGGGCAAGUUUGAUUUGAAUGGGUAUGUAGAUGCCAAGAACCAUACACUUAUUAUUGGAGGGAUGUUUCCUGGUCACUCCAGGAUCAUCCCAGCAAACAAGUCUAUUUUGGAGCCAGUGUCAGCAAAAUGUGAAGGGUUUAAUUUUCGGGGGUUUCGCUGGAUGAAAACCAUGAUCCACACAUUCAAGGAGAUUAACGAGAGGAAGGAUAUUUUGCCCAACGUCAUUUUGGGCUACCAGAUCUUUGACAACUGUUUCUCCGUCCCCAAGACAUUGGAAGCGGUGCUGGUUUUCCUGACAGGGCAAGAAGAAAACAAGCCCCAUUUCAGAAACAGCACGGGGGCGUAUCUGGCAGGAGUUGUGGGAGCAGGAGGAUCAUCCCUGUCCAUUGCUGCUUCGAGACUUCUAGGGUUGUAUGAUCUGCUUCAGGUGGGCUAUGCCUCUACUUACCCAAUGCUUGGUGACAAAUACCAGUUUCCAACUUUCAUCCACACCGUGCCUAAUGACUUAGCCCACUGUAUGGGUAUUGUAUAUUUGCUUUCUCACUUUGGUUGGCCCUGGAUUGGCAUUAUUACCAGUGGUGAUGAUUAUGGAAAUUUUGCAGUUGAUACUUUAAAAUUUUAUUUCCAAGGGAGUCUCUUAUGUCCAGCAUUCUCUGAAGUCAUUCCCAAAAUCUUUUCCAAGGAGAAAAUCCAGAAAGUGAUUGACACUAUAGAGAAAUCCACAGCCCGAGUCAUUGUGCUCUAUGCCUCUGAUCUUGACCUUGGGCCCUUGGUGAUGGCAAUAGUUCACCACAAUAUCACGGGCAGGACAUGGAUUGCCAGCGAGGCCUGGAUCACCUCAGCUGCCCUGGCAAAGCCUGAAUACUUCCCAUAUUUUGGUGGCACUAUUGGAUUCGCAGUGCCAAGGGCUGAUAUCCCAGGACUGAAAGAAUUUCUUUAUGAUAUUCAUCCUAGCAAGGACCCAACUGACGUCCUGACCAUUGAAUUCUGGCAAACUGCUUUUAACUGCACUUGGCCCAACAGCAGUGCGCCCUACAAUACUGACCACAGAGUGGAUGUGAUUGGGCAAGGGGAUAGAUUGCAGGGCAUGUCUGAUGAGUUCUGUACAGGGCAGGAGAAGCUGGAAGAGCUUCAGAAUACCUACCUGGACGUGUCUCAGCUGAGAAUCACAAACAACGUGAGACAGGCCGUGUAUGCUCUGGCUUAUGCCUUGGAUCGUCUGAGCAGAUGUGAGGAAGGGCAUGGGCCGUAUAUCCCAGGCAACACCUGUGCAUAUAUACCUGACUUUGAACCUUGGCAGAGGUUGUACCAAUUACAUUCCUCCCAGCAGUGUAGGAUGGUUCCUUUCAACCCAUAA